GAAGGGGUAAUAUUUUGCCGGAAGAGCGGAUGCUGCUCGCUGCCUCUAGCUCAACGCAGAGGGAGGACGGAGUGGAUUCCAUUGGGAAGAAGUAGAUAAUCGCCAGGCGCUUCUCUGGCGAUCUCUCUCCGUUAUACGUGUAGGUUAGCGGUGUCACCUCCGGGAUGAAUCCACCAAGCGUCCACGCCUCUGUGGAUUUAAAUUAGCCUGGAAUAUGAGCAGAAGAAGAAGAAGAUAAGCAGCAGCAGCAGCAGCGGUGGAGGCUGGCUUCCUGCGGGAUUCUGUCCAGGCUUUUUUUUUUGUUUUUUUCUCCCCCCGUGGACAUGCCUCGUCUAUGGAGCAAAGCUGAGCGGAGCUAGCUGGCUGACAGUCCGGCUAGCGCGACAUUUCCAGGCUUUUGGAUGAUCGUUUAGCCGAAGGAGCUGAUUUUAUUUGGGAUCAGCGCUACCUCCCCUGCCCGUGUAAGGAGUCAGCAUGGGGGAGCCCAGCCUGGACGACGCCAACGUCAAGGUGGCCGUCCGUGUACGGCCCAUGAACCGGAGAGAAAAGGAUUUAAACACGAAAUGUAUCGUGGAGAUGGAGAAGAACCAGACGAUCCUCCAUCCUGGAGGAGCUAACCUGGGCAAAGGAGACUCCAGGAAUCAGUCCAAGGUCUUUGCCUACGAUUACUGUUUCUGGUCCAUGGAUGAGACUGAUAAGGAGAGAUUUGCUGAUCAGGAGGUGGUCUUCCAGUGCCUUGGGGAAAGUCUCCUCCACAACGCCUUCCAGGGCUACAAUGCCUGUAUCUUUGCCUAUGGACAAACUGGUUCAGGGAAGUCGUACACCAUGAUGGGUUCGGGGGACCAGCCGGGUCUGAUUCCGCGUCUGUGCAGCGCUUUGUUUGACAGAACCCAGAAGGAACAGCGGGAGGAGGAGUGCUUCACCGUUGAGGUGUCCUACAUGGAGAUCUACAACGAGAAGGUCCGAGAUCUGCUCGACCCCAAAGGGGGAAGACAAACUCUGAGGGUGAGGGAACAUAAAGUUUUGGGUCCCUACGUGGACGGCCUGUCUCGACUCGCUGUGGCCUGCUACAAGGACGUCGAGUCUCUGAUGUCGGAGGGGAAUAAGUCGCGGACCGUCGCCGCCACCAACAUGAAUGAGGAGAGCAGUCGGUCGCACGGCGUCUUCAACAUCAUCCUCACACACACACUGAAAGACUUGCAGUCUGGGACGAGCGGGGAGAAGGUGAGUCGGUUGAGUCUGGUAGACUUGGCUGGAAGCGAGCGAGCAGCAAAGACUGGAGCGGCGGGGGAACGGCUGAAGGAGGGAAGCAACAUCAACAAGUCUCUCACCACGCUGGGCCUUGUGAUCUCGGCGCUAGCUGAACAGGGAACAGCCAAGAACAAGAACAAGUUUGUUCCUUACAGAGACUCUGUUCUGACAUGGCUGCUGAAGGACUGUCUGGGCGGCAACAGUCGCACGGCGAUGGUUGCUACCGUGAGUCCAGCAGCCGACAACUACGAGGAGACGCUGUCGACGCUGCGCUAUGCGGACCGAGCGAAGAGCAUCGUUAACCACGCGGUGGUCAACGAGGACCCCAAUGCUCGCAUCAUCAGGGAACUCCGAGAGGAAGUAGAGAAACUGCGAGUGCAACUGACUCAGGCGGAGUCUUUGAAGGCUCCCGAGCUGAAAGACCGACUGGAAGAGUCAGAGAAGCUGAUUCAAGAGAUGACCAUCACGUGGGAGCAGAAGCUUCGCAAAACGGAGGAGGUCGCACAGGAGCGCCAGAAGCAGUUAGAGAGUCUGGGUAUUUCUCUCCAGUCUUCAGGGAUUAAAGUUGGAGACGAUAAGAGUUUCCUCGUCAACCUCAACGCCGAUCCUGCCCUCAACGAGCUGCUGGUGUACUAUCUGAAGGAGCACACAAAGGUGGGCUCGGCCGACUCUCAGGACAUUCAGCUGUGCGGCAUGGGCAUCCAGGCAGAGCACUGCGUCAUCGACAUAACGGCGGAUUCUGCGGUCAUCCUCAGCCCCUACCGCAAUGCUCGGACAUGUGUUAAUGGUUCUCCAGUGACCAGUGCUCUGCAGCUUCACCACGGCGACCGAAUCUUCUGGGGAAACAACCACUUCUUCAGGAUCAACCUGCCUAAACGGCGCUCUCGGGGAGCUGAGGACGAGGAGGGGGAGGGUGGUGUGAUGAAGAACAGCGGCAGCAGUGAGCAGCUGGAUGCGGAUGGUGACACAGCCAGCGAAGUGUCCAGUGAAGUCAGCUUCUCCUACGAGUUCGCCCAGACAGAGGUCAUGAUGAAGGCCCUGGGCAAUAAUGACCCCAUGCAAGCAGUCCUGCAAUCUCUAGAGAGGCAGCACGAGGAGGAGAAGCGCUCUGCUCUGGAGCGGCAGAGACAAAUGUACGAGCAGGAACUCCAGCAGCUCCGCAAGAAGCUGAACCCGGACCGCCUGUCGGCCGGCCCCUCUGGAGGGCCGGCGUCCGGCCAGCAAGGUCCAGGACAGCAGUCUCAGUACCGCAGCCUGGAGAGGCUCAGCAUGGGAGGGAUGAGUCAUUCAACCAGCGCUCAGAGCAGACUGAGACAGUGGAAUGAGGACAGGGAGGCGGUGUUGGUCAGGAGUCUGCGGCGGUUGAGGGAGCAGAUAGUGAGAGCAAACCUCCUGGUGCAAGAAGCCUGUUUCAUCUCUGAGGAGCUGGAGCGACACACAGAGUACAGAGUCACUCUCCAAAUCCCAUCAGACAACCUCAACGCAAACCGCAAGAGGGAUGCAGUGCUCAGCGAACCAGCGAUUCAGGUCCGACGACGGUGUCGAGGGAAGCAGAUCUGGAGUCUGGAGAAGAUGGAGAACCGUCUGGUUGACAUGAGAGAGCUCUACCAAGAGUGGCAGGACUACCACCUCCAUCACCAAGACAACCCUGUGAUGCGCUCGUAUUUCCGUCGAGCAGACCCGUUCUUCGACGAGCAGGAAAACCACAGUCUGAUCGGCGUUGCAAAUGUCUUCCUUUCCUGUCUCUUCUAUGAUGUCAAGCUGCAGUACGCUGUUCCCAUCAUCAACCAGAAGGGAGAGGUGGCAGGGCGUCUCCAUGUGGAGGUGGUGAGGGUUGGAGGGGGAUUAGAGGACAACAUGGCUGGAGGAGAUGAACCCGACAACAAUCAAGACACUGAAGUGCACGAUCGCAAACUGGUCUGCAUGAUUAAGAUCCUGCAGGCCACUGGUCUUCCCCAGUACCUGUCCAACUUCGUCUUCUGUCAGUACUCCUUCUGGGACCAGCCUGAGCCCAUCAUCGUGGCUCCUGAAGUAGACCCAGCGUCCUCGUCGCCCACCACCAAGGACCCACACUGCAUGGUGGUGUUUGACAGCUGCAAGGAGGUGGCAGUGUCGGUGACCGAGGAUUUCAUCGAAUACCUGACUGAAGGGGCCGUUGUCAUCGAGGUAUUUGGACACAGACAGGCAGAUGCAGGAAGAAACCCCGCCCUGUGGGACCUCAGCAUCAUCCAGGCCAAGACGCGCACACUACGAGACAGGUGGAGUGAGGUAACGCGUCGCCUAGAGCUGUGGAUUCAAAUCCUGGAGAUAAAUGAGAACGGAGACUUUGUCCCAGUGGAAGUGGUUCCUGCUAGGGAUGUGCAGACCGGGGGAAUCUUCCAGCUUCGGCAGGGUCAGUCGAGGCGAAUCCAGGUGGACGUGCGUUCGGUUCAGGACUCGGGCACCAUGCCUCUGAUCGCUGAAAUACUGCUCGCAGUGUCAGUGGGUUGUGUGGAGAUCCAAAACACAGCAGCAGACCAGGAAGGAGACGAGAUGGACAGCUAUCAGGAAAGAGACCUGGAACGUUUGAGGCGGCAGUGGUUAGCUGCUCUCACCAAGAGACAGGAAUACCUCGACCAGCACCUGCAGAGCCUGGUCAGCAAAGCAGAAAAGACUGAGGAUGACAUGGAGAGGGAGGCCCAGCUGCUGGAGUGGCGCUUGACUCUGACGGAGGAGAGAAACGCUGUCAUGGUGCCCUCUGCUGGCAGCGGCAUUCCCGGAGCGCCUGCUGAAUGGGUUCCUCUGCCGGGCAUGGAGACUCAUACUCCUGUCCUCUUCCUGAACCUCAAACCUGAUGACCUCAGCUCUCAAGAGCAGUUCGAGGUUCCCGAGGCUGGAGGUUGGGACGCCACCCUGAGCGGAGAGGACGAGGACGACUUCUUUGACCUGCAGAUCGUCAAACACUACGACGGAGAGGUCAAAGCAGAGGCAUCAUGGGACUCCACCGUCCACGAGUGUCCCCAGCUCAGUCGCGGGGGGGCGUGGCCGGAGCACCGGGUAUACCUGACGGUUCGAGUGGUGGUGCAGCUCAGCCACCCCGCCGACAUGCAGCUGGUCCUGAGGAAGAGGUUCUGCGUCAACAUUAACCCGGGACGCCAGGGUUUUGCACAGAACUUUCUCAGAAGGAUGUCCACCCGCAGCACCAUACCUGGCUGCGGGGUCACAUUCGAGGUGGUCUCCAACAUCCCCGGGGACGCCCCUGGUUCAGAGGACAGGGAGAUGCUGGCCAACCUCGCCGCCAGCGCACACAACGGCCAGUCGGCUGAUAACGAGGCCGCAAUUGAGAAAUACCUCCGCAGCGUCCUCAGUCUGGAGAACAUCCUGACUCUGGAUAGACUCAGACAGGAGGUGGCAGUGAAGGAGCAACUGACGAGCAGAGGGAAGAGCAACAGACGGAGCAUCAGUUCUCCUUCUGUCCACAGGCUGUCUGGAAGUAGACAAGACCUGUCCACAACCUGCCUGGACGACAAGGGCCGAUGGGAGAGUCAGCAGGAUAUCUUCAUGCCGUCUCAGUUUUACCGCACCCUCCCCCGGCCCGCCUCGUCCCCUUCCACCUACUCCACCUCCCCGUCUUCAUCCCCGACUCCCUUCGGCAUGUCGCCCCCGCAGAACCAGGAGCCGGAACAAGGUCGUUCAGGACUUGCUGCCUCUUAUCUUUCAGUUAAGGCGCUGGUUCCUCAGAUGCCCAAACUGCUCAAGUCUCUGUUUCCAGCGCGGGACGAGAAAAAGGAGCUGAGACCGUCGCCACACAGCCAGCAGCAUGUCCCUCGCAUCAUGACAUCCGGAGGGGACGACAAUCGAGUCAAAGCUGACACGACUGCAGUUCUACGGCCCCCGGGCAAAGACAGACGGGCAGAGUUCCCAGACGUCCCUCCUCUUCCCGUGCAUGACCCGCAUGACAUCACCCCCCUCAGCCAGUCAUCGAGCGGCUACUUCUCCGGUAGUGUUUCUACGGUUACCCUGUGUGACGUCCUCCAACCCUCCUCCUCGUCUUCCUCCCUCCUGGCUGCCGAGACAGCGUUGCCCACAAACCCCCAGCAGCAGGGUGCUGACAGGAACGCUGUUGUAACCUCUCCUUCUCAGUGUGGCACCAAGACGGCCGCCGUCGCUCCGCCCGCCUCCCACAGCUCAGCCAAUCACAACAACGUCGCAGCAGAAAACUCCUUCUCUGAACACAAGCUGGUCGACUCAGGAGGAGGAGGAGGAGGCGGCUUUGAGAGGCUGGAGAUCUUUAUGGACGAUGACGACCGCAGCCAUGAUGACGUGCUGCCUGAUUGGCUGACAGAAGGGGCGUAUGUUACAGUAGGAAGCAAUAAGGCCGGGACAGUGCGUUACGUGGGAAUGACGCAGUUCGCCGAAGGAGUGUGGGUGGGGGUGGAGCUGGACACCCCUGUAGGUAAAAAUGACGGUUCAGUCGGAGGUCAUCGGUAUUUCCACUGCAAACCGGGUUACGGGGUGCUGGUUCGCCCGGACCGGCUCUCCUGCCGCGACCGGACCAGCCGGCGCACGGGAGACUUCACCGCUCCCGCCCACGUCCCCGUGUUGCGAGGAGAAGCCAUUGUUGCCCGACGGGGGGAGAACCGCAAGUCCUGGAGCAGUUGAGGCAGGGAAAGUAGGAGCUGGAUGGGAGAGAUGAACUCCCCGACAGCCCUCCUCCUCUUCCUCUCCUCCCAGCUAUGCAACAGGCUCAAGCAUUCAGAACUGACACACUGCCUACCCUCCUAUUAGAAAUUCACUCACUACAUCCAAUCACAAGUGAUGGAUGGAGGUAGAACAAAGACAAUGAAGAGGCCAUUCAGAACGAAUGCAAGUAAGUUGAUGAAAGACUAUGCAGAGUAUAUACAAGUCCGUGGAAGGACUAUUUAUCAUGUGGGAAGAUGAUGCUCAAUGAUUGGCGGUCAAUGGGAAGACUGCUGAGAGUGAAUGAAAGGCAGUGCGGACUUUGUCUCUCAGAGAUGCAUUCUGAGCUGAUAUACAGGGAUGCAAACUGGUCACUUUAUUUUGAUCCCAGUUCCCUUCUGAGAAUACAUAUUUAAACUUAAAGUGCAGACAAAACACUUCGAGAAUGAAAAGGCUUCAUCUUUUCCACUUGGAUGCCGGCUAUUAUUAUUGUUAUUUGCCAUUUUUUCAUCUAUCCACCAUUCACAACAAUUGGUUAUUAUUAGUAGUCAUAGCUUCUAGAAAUAUUUAAUUGAUUUUUAAUGUUUCUUUUGCCUUUUUUUUUAUCCUCCUUUCACGUCUCACUCUCAUGUCCUUUUGUGAAUUAAGAAACAAAAAUGGAUCAAAUUAGAUUUUUUUUAAUUUGGGGUCAUACCGCACUACAAUGUAUCCAACUGUGUGUUUGCAUCCCUGGAUAUGAUGUCUCUACCUGGUAGUCCUGAGACUGCAUGUCCCAGAAUGCUCUGCUCCGGCUGCCGCUCUCUCUCUCUCCCCUGAACACUUUGACACAUUGUCUCCUCCUCCUGGACUCUUUUUUUUUUUUUUUUUUUUUUUUCUUUUUUUGAAGAUGGAUCCUCCCAGAAUGUGCCUUCACCAUGGCUUUGGUUUGCAUUUGUAUUUUGUCUUUAUUUAAUUUCUGUGAGCUGUGUUUUGUGUUUUAAGAGAAUGCCUUGUGCUAAGUGUGAGGUGAUCUCAGGGACCGCAGAGGGGGAAUGACAAGGUGUGUGUGUGUGUGUGUGUGUGUGUGUUGUACAGUGUUGCCCUGUGUGCACAGAUGAGUUCAUAUUGUAGUCGAUGACAAAGACUUUAUGUGUAAAGCAGGAGAAGUUGUGUCCUUUUUGUGGGACAAAGCCACUAAGGGAGCAGGUUGCUUGUACCGGGAGGCUUUAAAAGUCUAUUUUGCACUGGAGACGUUGAAUAAGAAGCAUCUGUAUGUGAGCAGAACGUGUCCGCGUUGUCACGGUUCAGCGAGACGGAGAGGCAGACUGAGCGUGGACGGAUUCCUCGAACCAACGUGGACGUCCGUCCUUGAAGCCUGUGAGCUGGUCGUCCUCUGUGACUGACGUUUGGACACCGGGGGGCGCUGUGGUACUCUGGUGUGGUCGGUGGGCAUGUGUACGUGUUGAGGAGAAGAAAGUGAUGGAGACACAGCAGAGGCUCUGCUGGGUAUUUCACGCUCGGGAGGAGAAUCGAUUUGCUUCUCUGCAUUUGAUCUGUUUUUGAAAGAGUCUAGUUUUAAGUUGUAAAUGGGAGAACAAUAACUGGGAGAACGUUUAAAAACAGGAAAGCUGUUCUGACUGAACAUUCCUGGCACGGCUGUUGGAGAUGAUGUCGCACUCUUUGGGAUUUACAAAAACAAUAUAUUUUCCGAUUGAACAUCACAUUCCGGAGGGACUCUUUAACAUUUGACAGUGACCUCGUUCUCUGUGUGUUGAUUUGUGGAAAAGCAUCAGCAGGACAACACAGCAGUAGUUUCCUCAUCACGUGGAAACUACCGAGCUCGUGAAAACAGUUGGUUAAAGUCUUCAGUCGCUCUGCGAGAGCGAUCCUUCUGAUGAACUCGACUAAGGUCAGAGGUCAAAGUGUUUGCUUUGAGUCGGAGCGAUGCUGUUCUGAUUGGUUGUUUUGAUGAUGGGAAAAGUAGUAUUUCAUCACGAUCAGCAUCACUUGGUUACUUUAGCACCAUGUCUCAUUUAUUAACGACUAUUCUAAGUUCAUAUCCUGAUGAUGAAGAACUUAUGCUUAUUAUCAUAUGCGGUUUCUAUGGUGACAUCCAUGUAUACUAAGGAGUCUGUUGCGAUGAUGCACACGUGAGCACGUUAUCUGGAGAAACGCCAUCAUCCUCUUUAAUGUUUUAUCGUGCUUCUUCUUAAUUCGAGAGGCCUGAAUUUACUAUUUAUAUUUAAAUGCUUGUACACAUGCAUUUUAUCGCAUGAAAAUUGAUAAACGCCUUUUUAUUUUGAUAAAUAUUGCACAAAUGAUUCAAUGAAAAUUGCUGCUAUUAGCAUUGUAGAUGGACUGGUUUAUCGAACACUCUGUGUCUCUUACUGUGUACUAGAUUGGGAUUCCAGGAGUUUUCUUUUCUUUCUUUUUAACCCCAGACGGAGAAACUAAAGUCAGCGCUUUAGUUCAGUUUUUAAAUAUGAAGCGGUUAAAAAAAAUAACAAAUCCUAAAAAUGAGGCACUUAUUGUGAGCCUUUUGAUGAUGAGCCGGGAGGAAAAGGGUCGUAAUAUUCCCGCAUCGAGCUCUGGAGAGGAAGUGUGAUGUUGGACGAGGAGACAAUGCAUCACCAUAGCUCAGUCAUAAUCUGUGUGUGUAAUAUCUCUGGCUGGUUACUAUUGGUGGCUGUCUGGUAUGUUAGUAGUUGGUGAAUAGCGAAGUGGUUUGUAGGUUGGACUGCUGUUUAUUUCAUAAUAUUGUGGUUCAGAACAGUCAUGUGGUAAUGAAGGAAGGGAGUAAAGUUCUUUUGUGUUUGACUGUGUGUGAAUGUUGGGUGGACCUGGCUCUGAUUCAGUUAUGUCGGCGAGUUCUUGCCAAGACGAGAAAUGACCACCAGCUGCCACUUUCCUUAACACACUGAGGGGGCAACUCCUCUCUGGAGGAGUUCUGAACACCCCUCUCUGUGGCUGGUGGACUCUCCCGUCCUGGUCUCGGCUCGCGGCGCUGCUCUAGGGGUUCGAGAUCACUUCAGGCUUCCCUUGUAUGCGUUUGUGCCUCAGAAACCAUAUGACCGAGUAUCUUGCACACACUGUGUUUUCAUAUCGACAACGCUUCAGUUCAUUUGCACAAGAGGGAAUCGAAGAGUUAAUAUCUGGCAACACUUUGUUUCUGUCUGAAGAAAAUACAACCUGAUCUCACGUUAUGAUCCAGUGUUCGGUGUUUUAAUUGUACUUAAAUCGUUGUAAUGUUUUCUGCUUUCAAUCACUCGCCGCUCAACUACAUUUUAAGUCCGACUGGUUCAAUUGAGAGCUGUUGUUUUGCGUGACAAGCGACUCAGGUCACAACAGUAAUGAGUCUUUUCUUCCAGCACACAUCUUCCUCUGUAGCUCUCUGCGGCGUGGUGUGCGCAUCACUUUAUUAGAUUAAGUGUGACGCUGGCAUUAGAUUUUUAAAAAAAAGUCCAGCUGGCGGGCUGCCUGAUGCCCCGGCAGUCAUUUCAAUAAGGAACUGUAAAAACUAGCGUUGGGGAUAACUGUUUUGCUCAGAACGGAUUUAAUGUUGUAAUUCAGUGGCCUCCAUGUCUGCCACUGUAGAGAUUAGAGCAAAGUCAGAAGUAUUAUUUAUGGGACUGUAUCGACCCCAAGAACCACAUCCAGUUCCAUUUUUAUUGAUGCGAUUUGUGUCCCAGCCUAUUUAUAUUUGUAUGUUCAAAUCUUCCCCUGAGAAUUUAUUUUUGUUUUCGUUGUCUUUUCUUGUUUACGUGCUUCUGUUUCGCUCAGAAUUCGGUCCCAUAUCUGCGCUGCAUUCACCUGCCGUCGCUCUGAGGGAUCAGCGUCCUCUGCCAGCUCUCACACUACACGCAUCACUGCUGUGCUGUGAAACUUAUUAUUUAACAGGAUCAUUCCAAAAUUAGAUAAAACUUUUCUUUUUUUUCUGAAGACGAAGUAACCUUCUCUUCAUUUGGUCACCGCUGCUGUCCGGUUUUAAAGACAUCAAAGGGAGUUCGUAAAUACGGUUUUCACUGGUUUAAGCUCCUGUAUUACUGCCUUGCUGGAGGGCCCUGACUUCCACACAGGGAAUUUUAUAAAAUCCUCAAAAUCUGUGGAUUUACUACCCACCACUGCCCUGCUGCAGCGACAGCUCCUGCCUACCUGGGAUCAUCACCAGAUCUGACGAGGUGUUCUGAUUUUAAAAACUUUUUACCUGCAGAGAAGUAGUUUGCUUGAUAUAUUGUUUUGUAUAUGACAGGCACUACAACACGUUUUCCUGCCUUGGUAGUGAGGGUUCACCUUUUUUUUUUUUUUUUUUUUUUUUUAACUACCUGUUUCUCGCCUCUCCAUAGUGUUCUGCCAACUUCUUCCCUGAGGCCUUUUUUUUUUUUUUUAGCUGACAGAGUUUUAACCUGUUUCGCUGCUGAACAGUUCAGCACUCUGUGUGUUCUCACACAUUAGAAUAAACCACACAGACGAGUAACACGCAGUGCAGCCUCGUUUUCCAAUCACCGAUUUAUUUCAGCAGCCGUGGAUUCAGAUACGACUUCUCGUCUUGGUGCAUUUUUAACGGCAGUUGGUAUCAACGCAAUGCGUUUCAUUCAAACUUCCUCGGUACCAGCAGCCGUAUUUCACUGAGCAGAGUAAUAAGAGGAGCUGAAGGAGAGGACUUGGUGCUUGCUAAGUCGUGUUCCUCCUGCAGAGAAGACCCUCCAGAAACACGUGGGUCAACAGUAUUACUAUAUCAUCCUGACUAAUCAUUAUCAGUUGUCUGUCGCUACUGUUGAUUCUGUGUGUGUGCGCGUGUGUGUGCGUGUGUGCGUGCGUAUUAAGACUUAUAAAAAGACAAAUCUGAGCACAAGUUUGGGUUUUGAUUAAUUUAAUUGUUUUCUGUAAUUCUAUGCUGCAAUCCAAAGAAUAAACAUGUAUUAUAAUA